AUGGACCAGUCGUUGUCACUCGUCUCGGCCCAGGUCCAGUUCAUGGACGACCGAUUAGCCUUGGUCCACAUUCCGCUCGAUCUAUAUCCAUAUUUCUUGAACCCCAUUCUUCAGGUGCUUUUCCAUGAAGUACCUCCGCUGGACGACCACGGCGAAUACGGGGACGACGAUCAGGCAGACCCCUCGCCACGUGCGCAGCCGGCGUUCUUGAACCUCUCGAUCACUCCCGUCGAAUGCUCUGUCAUGUGUCCGCGGCAGCUGGCGAACCAGUACUUUGCUCCGUUGGUCGAACGCUUUCUGAAUACCAGUUCGUCCUCACAGGGUCAGCCGUCCAUCAGCCAAGAUGAUUUCAUUGCGAUGCAGGUGUACGGGGAAGGGCUGGAAGCGGGCCAGCGAGUGCUGGAGUUGACGAGCCCUCUGGCCAUGGCAGGAAUAUCCAUCUUUUUUAUUUCCACUUACUUUGCCGACUAUAUCAUCGUCCCCCUUCGCAGCAAGGCACAAGUCAUCAAAGCUCUGGAGAAGCGAGGCUUUCAAUUCGAGAUGUCGACCGAAGCAUUCACAAUCAGCAACCAGUUGAACAACUGCUUCAGUCCUACGUCUUCGCGUUCGAACAGCCUCGGUUCUCCGCCAGCAACGCCGCCGCCCUCGUCUCUCGAUGAACUGCAGACGCGCACCUUUUCCUCACUCCGCAGGAACCACAUCGUUCCUAGCGUUGACAAAUCCCUCCGUCUGGUUCAGUGUGCCGCUCACCAUCCGUACAGCAGCGAAGCCAGCUCCAUUUCCAUCCUUCGCGAGGCCCUAACCGUGGUCCUGGUCGUGGACAAGCCGCGAUUCCUCUCAUUGACCCUCACAGCCGCCGACCCGGCCGCAUCUCUUCUGCUCGAAAAACGCCUCCUCCCGCGCUUCUCCCGCGACCCGACGUCCUCCGGCGACUCCGACGAAGAAACCAGCCUCCUCCUCGGCUCGAAAGAGGAGAUCCUCGUCCCCAUCAUGCUCGACCUGCGCAGCCUCCCGUUGGAAGCGACGGGCAUCGUCUGCGGUGUGGCCGGGCGACUCGCAGACGCCACGCGACGUGACGAUUUCACCGACUCGUCGACCAUCCUGUCGCAAUCGUACAACGGCAGCUCGUCGAUCGACAGCUCUUUCAAACAUUUUCUGUCGUCUAGCGUCGGGUCGGGUGGGCCGGUUAAAUCGCCCAGUCCUAGUUUCGGGCGUCGCAGUCUUCACGGACCCGCGAAUCCGCCGACUCAUCGUCUGCAGCCGGAUUUGGAUGCCGCUGUGGAUGCCGUGGAGAUUAGUUUUCUGAGCACGGCUCGCGCGGGGACUAUUAUUGUGGGUGAGGACGAGCUGACUCGCGCGGUGGAUGCUCUAGAGGAGAGUCAAUGGGCGGGGGAUGAGUGA